AUGCUUGCUAAAGCAUUUUAUACAGCUGUAGCUGUAUUUACUGCUUCAGUGGCAUCUCAAACGUUCACUAGCUGCAACCCGUUGGAGAAGACUUGUCCUGCUCACCCUGCCCUGGGAGCCAGUUCGAUCAAAUGCGAUUUCACAAAAGGCAAAUGCGACGCUUUCAACCAUAAUCCUGGAACCACUAUCAACUAUAGUGACAAGGGUGCCCUCUUCUCCAUCGAAAACGACAAGCAGGCUCCCACCAUCGCCAGUAAGAAGUACAUCUUCUUCGGCCGUGUUGAUGUGGAGUUGAUGGCAAGUCCCGGCCAAGGCGUGGUUACUUCCGUCGUUCUUCAGUCUGGUGAUCUCGAUGAGAUUGACUGGGAAUGGGUUGGUGGGCGCAAUGACGAGGUGCAAACGAACUACUUCGGCAAGGGUGACACGACCACUUACGAUCGAGGGGCUAAGCAUCCCGUCACUGCGCCCCUCACAACAUUCCACACCUACAGCAUCGAGUGGACAUCUAAGAAGGUCGACUGGAUCAUUGAUAACCAGGUGGUCCGUACCCUCAACUACGCGGACGCAAAGGGUGGCUCUCGCUUCCCACAGACGCCGAUGGAGAUCAAGCUCGGUACUUGGGUUGCUGGCUUACAAGGCAACAGCGAAGGAACGGUCGAAUGGGCCGGUGGCUACACAGAUUUCACCAAGGCGCCUUUCCAAGGAUGGUACAAGUCAAUUUCCGUCGUCGAUUACGCGGGCGGAGAUGCUCCCCCAAAGGACAGCAUCAAGGAGUACCUCUACGGUGACAAGAGUGGCUCGUGGGAGAGCAUCAAGGUCGUUAAGGGUGAAUCCAGCAACGAUUCCAAGGAUGACGACAAGGUCAGCUCAACGACGCUUCAGGCUGUUCCAUCAGCCAGCAGUACCGCUUCUGCUUCUGGUACGAAGACCACUGGGGCAUCUAACCCCGCCAUCACACACUCGCCCAACAAUGGAACUUCCACCACCCCUAGCACGCUGCCCAUUUCUGGUGCAAACUCCAACAUCAUUUCGCUCUUUGGGUCCAUUUUCACUGUCGUCGCUGCUGCGAUGAUCAUCCCUGUUUUCUAA